AGAUGGUACCAUAUAUAUGCAAUAAUAUCAGAGAAGAUUCGAUCAGUCCCAUAAGUGAUCAAAUUCUCUUGGUUGUAACCUUUUUCUACAAUGAACUCAUCAUCAAGUUCACCGAUGGCGAAUGGAGGAAGAGUGCUUGAUGAGAUUACAAGUCCAGCCAGAAACAAUAUUCAGACGACAUUGUUGGAGCAAAGAAUUGAGGAAACAAAAUGGUUAUUACAUCCAUCAGCUGGAAAAAGUUCUUGUUGCAUCUUCAGAGUACCCCCAUGCCUAGUGGAAAUAAACAAGAACACCUACCGGCCUCGUAUAGUCUCUCUCGGUCCUUAUCACCAUGGUGAAAAACAUUUGGAGAUGAUGCAGCAGCACAAGUGGAGAUUUCUUCAUGAUCUGCUUGCUCGGACACCGCUUACUGGUCCACGACUUGAUGACUACUUGCAGGUUGUGUCAUCAAUGGAAGAGGACAUAAGAGGGUGCUAUUCAGAGACAAUCAAUUUUUGCAGCCUCGAUCUCGUUGAAAUGAUGGUGUUGGAUGGUCUCUUUGUUAUUGAACUUUUCUGUAAAGUUGGAAGAUUAUCUCCAAGUGAUCCGGAUGAUCCCAUUUUCAACUUGGCAUGGAUAUUCCCUAAUCUCAUUCAAGAUCUUUUUCGCUUGGAGAACCAAAUUCCUUUCUUGGUUCUUCAAACAUUGUUUGACAAAUCAAAACCUUCAAGACAAGAAAGUGACUCAUCCCUUGGCAGACUUGCUCUAGAAUUCUUUAACUACGCAGUUGAGAGACCUGAUGAAGUCUUAUAGCAACAUUCUAGUGAUGAAGGAAGACAUUUGCUUGAUUUCUUUCGCUUAAGUUUUAUUCCUCAACCUCAAGAAAAGCCUAAAAUUGUUCGUCCAUUAGCUCGGUUGCUCCAAUCUGCGAAAAAGCCUUUAUCAAGAAUUACAAGCACAGGGAAGGCAGUGAAAAAGUUUUUAGCAGGAAUUAAAUCGAAGACUAGGAGAGGAAGUACCUCAUGUGUUCAAUUUAUCCAAUCAGCAAAAAAGCUUCAUCUAGCCGGAAUUAAGUUCAAACCAGGAGAUGCAGUGAGUUUUUUGGAUAUCAGAUUCUCUAAUGGAGUACAAAUCCCUCAUAUUACACUAGAUGAUCUUCGUAUGGAUCUAUUCCUGAAUUUUGUUGCCUUCGAACAAUGUUACUCUCAUUCUUCAAAGCACAUAACCACUUAUGCUGCAUUCAUGAGUUGCCUAAUCCGCACGCCUAUGGACGCAACAUUUCUGUGCGAUAAUAGCAUUAUUGAGAAUUAUCUUGCAACUGAUAAGGAGGUUGCACAUUUCUU